AUGAAGACGCUUUCACUCCUGCUCCUGCUCCACACGCAGCUCUCCCAGGCCUUCCCGGUCCUUUCUAAUUCCCUAGAAGAGAAAAAUAGAGACAUUAUUGAGAAAUACCUGCAGAACUUCUACCACCUACCAAGAAACGACUACCGAUCCGAAAGGAAUAAAGGCAGUAGUAUCCUUGUUGAGAAGCUGAAGGAAAUGCAGCAAUUCUUCAGGCUGAACGUGACAGGGAAGCCCAACAAGGAAACGCUGCAGAUGAUGGCAAAGCCUCGCUGUGGCGUGCCCGACGGUGAUGGCUUCAUGCUGACGCCAGGGAACCCCAAGUGGGAGCACAGCAACCUGACCUACAGGAUUAUUAACUACACCCCACAACUGUCAGAGAGGGACGUGGAAACAGCGAUUGAGAAAGCCUUACAAGUCUGGAGCAGGGUAACAUCCCUAACCUUCACAAGGCUCCCUCAAGGAGAACCAGACAUCAAGAUUGCCUUUGUCCCAAGAGAUCAUGGUGACAACUCUCCAUUUGAUGGACCCAAUGGACUCCUUGCUCAUGCAUUCCAACCUGGCCAAGGCAUUGGUGGAGAUGUUCAUUUUGAUGCAGAAGAAAUAUGGACCACAACGUCCAAAAACUACAACCUGUUUCUCGUCGCUGCCCAUGAGUUAGGCCAUUCCCUGGGACUCUCCCAUUCCUCGGACCCUGGUGCCCUGAUGUACCCCAACUACGCUUUCACUGAGCCCAGCUCCUACGUGCUCCCCCAAGAUGACAUCAAUGGCAUCCAGGCCAUUUAUGGCCCUUCAAACGGUGGUCUGCAGCCCACUGGGCCCACCACACCGGUGGCAUGUGACCCCAGGCUCUCCUUCGAUGCCAUCGCCACACUUCGUGGAGAAAUCAUUUUCUUUAAGGACAAGUACUUCUGGAGGCGGCACCCUCAGCUACGUCACGUCGAGCUCAAUUUCAUUUCUCUCUUCUGGACGUCCCUACCACAUGGCAUCCAGGCAGCCUACGAGGAUCCUGACCGCGACCUUGUGUUCCUAUUCAAAGGCAACCAGUACUGGGCUCUGAGUGGCUAUGAUAUUCAGGAAGGUUUUCCCAAGUAUAUCUCAGACUACGGCUUCCCAAGCAGUGUCCGAGCUAUUGAUGCAGCUGUUUCCUACGGGAGGAAAACAUACUUCUUUGUACAUAACCAACUCUGGAGCUACGAUAACCAAAACCAACGUAUGGAUCCAGAUUAUCCCAAGAGCAUAACAAGUACCUUUCCAGGAAUAGGAAGUAAAGUUGAUGCUGUUUUUCAACAGAACAACUUCUUCCUUUUCUUCAGUGGACCAAGAUACUAUGCAUUUGAUCUGUCUACUCAUCGAGUUACUAGAGUCGACAGAAGCAACCGGUGGCUUAAUUGUAGAUAA